AUGCCCAAAGUUAAGAGCUACACGGCUCCGUGGCUGUCCCAUGGCCCCGGCCACAGCUUGUUUGCGCCGUCAACCGACUCCAAGGCGCUGAGCGCGCCGUCGCCGUACCCCAAAAAGAAGAAGACUGUCGGACCAAGGCGGACAAUUGCUCGAAGAGGCACCGAAGUUUUUGUCGCGGUAGGCAAGGAGCUGCGAUGGGGCGAUUUAGCGUACCUGAAGGAGAAGUGGUCAACAAAGUAUGGCCAUCGUCGCAUGGGCAGCCGUGUCAAGCGAGAGGAGUCGACGCAAACAUUCGAGGAUGCGAUCCCCUCGACCGAGGAGGCCGCCACCGCGCAGGGUUUCCGCACCAUCAAGACGCCCGUCGCCGAUGACAUCCGGCAGCUCGUCAUCUCCCCGAACUCCGACUACCUCGCCAUCGUGACGACACACACCGUUCACAUUUGCGUGGUUCCCGACUCAUCCCACCUCACCGCCGAAGAUACUAGUCCCCUGCGACCGAAGAUAUGGACACUUGGGCCUACUACCCACGUCACCUCGCGCGCGUCGGUCGCCUCGGCGAUCUGGCACCCGCUUGGCGUCAAGGGAUCCUGCUUGGUCACAGUCACCACCGAUGCCAUUGUCCGUGUUUGGGAGCUGUCCAUGACCGAUCGCUGGUCCUUCGACUCUCCUACUCUGUCUAUCGACCUCAAGAAGCUCGUCGAUGGCACAACACUUGAUCAAGAUUUCACGGCGUCCACUGCGGCCACGAAUGCCAGCUUCUCGCAAUACUCUCUGGAGAUGCAGGUCGCAUCGGCCUGUUUUGCUGGCCGUGGAUCCGGAGGAUGGAGUCCCAUGACCCUUUGGGUAGCCAUGAGGGAGGGUGAUGUCUACGCUCUCUGCCCUCUCCUACCCCAGAAGUGGGCGCCGCCCCCAACUCUGAUUCCGUCACUGUCUGUGUCCAUUGUCUCCAAGGUGGCCGCUUUGGAAGACGAUCCAGCAGUCUCGGAGAUCGACAAGCUCCUUGCCCAGCAACAGCUCGAGUGGAUGGGUGACUUGGACUCUCAGGAACCGCAAGUCAUCGACACAGCACCGGGCGAGCAGCCGGUGGAAGUCUAUACGCGCCCCUCCCGGCCCGGUGUUGUGCCGCGGCUGCAAGGCCCCUUCGACUUUAUCGCCGAUCCCGACAGCGAAGACUUUUACGACAGCUCGUUGACCGAUAUCAUGGUCAUCGGUAAAAAGGUUGACACGGAGGACCUCAUGAUGGGCGAAGACGAGGACUUGGAUUUUGACGAUGGGGACCAGGAGGGUCUUUCACUGUCCGUCGUCUGCUUGCUAUCCAAGACUGGCCAGGUCCGAGUCUACCUAGACCUGGAAGGGAUCGAGGCUCAAUGGCUGCCACCACGCAACAAGUCGAGACUCGGACGUCUCCUGUCGGCGGCCGAUUUGCCCAGUCUGCUGACUUUUCAAUGCGUCGACACCAUGGCACCAACCGAGAUGAAGGUGGAGGACUCCUGGCCGACAUUCUCGUCGGAUGUCAUGUCUCGGUACUCAAUGUUUGUCACUUCGCAUGCCGGCAUUACCUUCCUCUCUCUGUCUCCUUGGAUCUUUCGUCUUGAGGGUGAGCUUUCAGGCGAGUCGGAGGCAGGCUCAGACUUCCGUCUCGGCCUUCUCGUCAACGGACAGAACUCUAUUCGGGACCGACUCUACACUCAGUCCUCGAACGAUGUCACUGUGCCCCUCGCCGCGAGUGCCGCCAUACGCGACCCUGAUCUCGGAUACUUUCUCUUGUCAGCCACCCCGUACGAACCGGUCGCUCUGACUUUUGAGACACCCGAAGACGAUUUUACCCCUGUACGCCAUGAGACGCCGUACGAAGAGAAGCCUGUCACGAUGGAACCUUUAGAUUUCUACGAGCCUCGUCCAGCCUUCCAGCCGUCUCAUGCUUUUGAGCAGCAAUCCGACCUCCCAGAGCUCAUCAACAGGCUUCGAAGCUCACGUCACAAGACAAUUGUAAACCAAGAGAUUCGUUUGUCUCCAGUGACUCUGCAAAUUCUCACAGACGCUCAUCGCAUCCUGGGCGAGGAUACCUACCGCCUUGGUACUGCCGUUGCGGAGAUUUUCCGCCGCUGCAGCACUCUGCAAGAUGAACUUCGUGAUCAGAUUCAGAAGGCCAACGAGGUCAAGGAGAAGAUUGAUAAGAUUGCGGGCAACGGCAAGGAUGGGGAGGGUGAAAGCGACGAAGCCAGAUUCGAGCGGCGCAUCACAGACGCGCAGGAUCGCCAAAAGCGGUUGAAUGAGAGGCUCGAGAGUGUCCGAAAAUAUGUCGGCAAGGCCGCAACUCGAGAGCUCAGCGCCAAGGAAAGAGCGUUUGUGGAAGAAGUCAAGAGCAUGGAGGCCAGCGUGCUGGGAUCAUCAGAGGACAGUCCGAGAGCCAAGCAACAAAGAUUGCUCAAGAAACGUUUCGAGGACGUGCAGCGGUUACGAGAUGAACUGGUGGCCGAGGUGGAGCGGGUACAGAAGCCAGCCGACGGCACUGAUGUCCAGGAGUCGCCGUCAAAGGCGUCGGAGCUCAAGAUCCCGUCAGAGAUCCGUAAGGCCAAGCUUCAGCAGGUCAUGGGUCUACUGUCGCGUGAGACGGCUUUAGUCGAGGCUGUCACUUCGCGGUUGGAGCGUCUGCAGACAUAG